AUGCCACCACACGCCAACGAUGGUCCAGCCAAUCCCACUGGAACCCACCAACGUCCUACAAUCCGUGUAAACAGUCCGGAUGUGACUUACAAGGACGAUCAGUUAUACUCGAACUACACUUAUCACAGUGCACAGGUUAAUCGUCAAGGAGAUGAAGUCAUUGUGGUUCCCACCACUCAGUCGUAUCAAUUUAAGGUUGAUUUGACUGUUCCUCGUGUCGGAUUGAUGAUGGUCGGCUGGGGUGGUAACAACGGUUCCACCUUGACAGCCUCUAUUAUCGCCAACAGACGCGAUCUAUACUGGCGCACCAAAGAUGGACGUGUCAAUUCCAACUACCUCGGAAGUCUGACACAGUCCUCUACUCUGAAAAUGGGUCGUGACGCUAUUACUGGACAAGACGCAUAUAUUCCAUUCUCGCAGAUCUUGCCAAUGGUACAUCCGAACGAUUUGGUAUUGGGUGGUUGGGAUAUCUCAAAAAAGACAUUGGCUGAAGCGAUGGAACGGGCUUGUGUUUUGGAAUGGGAUUUGCAGAGACAGGUGUGGGAUGAGAUGAAUGGGUUGCGUCCGUUGCCUUCUGUCUAUUAUCCUGACUACAUUGCAGCCAAUCAGUCCGAACGUGCAGAUAAUCUCAUUCCCGGAUCUAAAUAUGACCAGCUCAAUCAUAUUCGACGUGAUAUUGCCAACUUUAAAAACGUUAAUGGAUUGGAUCGAGUCAUUGUUGUUUGGACUGCAAAUACUGAACGCUAUUCUGAUAUCAUCCCUGGCGUCAACGACACUGCCGAAGCACUCUUGAGCUCCAUCAAAACAUCACACUCAGAGAUAGCUCCUAGCUCUCUCUUUGCUGUAGCAUCCAUCUUGGAAGGAUGUCCCUUCAUCAAUGGAUCACCCCAAAACACUUUUGUCCCCGGUGUCGUUGCACUUGCCGAACGUCAUCAAGUCCAUAUCGGCGGAGAUGAUUUUAAAUCGGGACAGACCAAAUUGAAGUCAGUUUUGGUUGACUUUUUGGUUGCUGCUGGUAUUAAACCUCUUGCUAUCUCGAGCUACAACCAUUUGGGAAAUAACGAUGGGCUGAACUUGAGUGCUCCACAACAGUUCCGUAGCAAAGAGAUAUCAAAGAGUAACGUUGUUGAUGAUAUGGUCGCUAGUAAUAAUAUUUUGUAUCAGGAAGGAGAACACCCUGAUCACCUUGUUGUCAUCAAGUAUGUUCCAUCUGUCGGAGAUAGCAAACGUGCAAUGGAUGAAUAUGUUAGUGAGAUCUUUAUGGGCGGUCGAUCAAUCAUUUCAGUAUACAACCUCUGUGAAGAUUCUCUCUUAGCAUCACCUCUCAUUUUGGACUUGACCAUUAUCACUGAACUCAUGACUCGUAUCAAAUACAAAACGGACGAUAUGUCUGACUAUGCACCAUUCCAUGCUGUCUUGUCAAUUCUGAGCUACAUGUUGAAGGCUCCUCUGGUACCCUCUGGUGCUCCUGUUGUCAAUGCUCUAGCUAAACAACGAGCCAUGCUGGAAAACAUAUUCAGAGCAUGUGUUGGAUUGCAGCCACAGAAUGAACUGUGGCUUCCAAGCAUGAACGAAACCAAAAUGAGACAGUAA